CUGGAGCCGGGGCGGGGCCUGCGCGUCCGCCCGGGCUAGAAAAGGCGGCGGGCCCGGCCCAGCGAGCUGACAGCCGCGCUCGGACACAGCCUGGCCCGACGCCGCCAUGAGCGCCGCGCUCUUCAGCCUGGACGGCCCUGCGCGCGGCGCGCCCUGGGCCGCGGAGCCCGCGCCAUUCUACGAGCCGGGCCGGGCGGGCAAGCCGGGCCGCGGGGCCGAGCCGGGGGCCCUGGCCGAGCCGGGCGCCGCUGCCCCGGCUAUGUACGACGAUGAGAGCGCCAUCGACUUCAGCGCCUACAUCGACUCCAUGGCCGCCGUGCCUACCCUGGAGCUGUGCCACGAUGAGCUCUUCGCUGACCUUUUCAACAGCAACCACAAGGCGGGCGUGGCGGGCGCGGGCGCGGGCGCCCUGGAGCUGCUGCCCGGCGGCCUGGCGCGCCCCCCGGGCCCGGGCCCCGCCGCCCCGCGACCGCUCAAGCGCGAGCCCGACUGGGGCGACGGCGACGCGCCCGGCUCGCUGCUGCCGGCGCAGGUGGCCGCGUGCGCGCAGACCGUGGUGAGCCUGGCGGCCGCCGCGCAACCCACACCGCCUACGUCGCCGGAGCCGCCGCGCAGCAGCCCCGGGCCGAGCCCCGCGCCCGCCCCGGCCCGGGAGAAGGGCGCCGGCAAGAGGGGCCCGGACCGCGGCAGCCCGGAGUACCGGCAGCGGCGCGAGCGCAACAACAUCGCCGUGCGCAAGAGCCGCGACAAGGCCAAGCGGCGCAACCAGGAGAUGCAGCAGAAGCUGGUGGAGCUGUCGGCCGAGAACGAGAAGCUGCACCAGCGCGUGGAGCAGCUCACGCGGGACCUGGCCGGCCUCCGGCAGUUCUUCAAACAGCUGCCCAGCCCGCCCUUCCUUCCGGCCGCGGGGGCCGCGGACUGCCGGUAACGCGCGGCCCGGCGGGGAGAGACUCACCAACGACCGAUACCUCAGACCCGACGGGCCGGAGCGGAGCGCGCCCUGCCGGGUGCCGCGAGGGCCGCCCGGCGCCGGCUGCAGUUUCUUUGGGACGUGUGCGCGAAAAGGAAGCUGCAGCCUGGAUUUACCACCACUGAACUUCGAGAGAAGCUAUAUGUGUUUAUUUUUCCCUUAAAUUAUUUUUAUAAUGGUAGCUUUUUCUACACCUUACUCUUAUUGAUGCAGCUAAGGUACAUUUGUUUAAAAAAAAAAAAAAGACUUCAGACAAACCCUUUGUAUUGUAGAUAAGAGGAAAAGACGGAGCAUGCUCCUUUUUUUUAUAAUAAUUUUUACAGUAUUUGUAAGAAUAAAGCAGCAUUUAAAACCAA